CCUCAGAGGUGGUUUGGACAGUUCCUUCCUCUGAAAUGGAGCCCAGGGUUCCUUGGUGGUCUCCCCUCCAAGGGCUAACCAGGGCUGGCCCUGCAUAGCUUCCAAGGUCAGGCAGAGAAUCUUGUGCCUGGUAAGUAUGGUAUUAAAGCCCAUUGUGUCGGUAUGUGUGCCUUCCGUAUUCCUGCCUCAGAGGAGGUUUGGACAGCUCCUGCCUAUGAAAUAGGGAUUCCCUGUUGGCCUCCCCUCCAAGGGCUAACCAGGGCUGGCCCUGCUUAGCUUCCAAGAGCUUAGCUUCUAAGACCAUGCAUUUCACAGAGGGCCUGAUGUUGAGAGCAUUCAAGCCCAUUGUGGAAGUAUGCGCGCCUUCCAUAUUUCUGCCUCCGAGGUGGUUUGGAAAGUCCCUUCCUCUGAAGCAGGGAUUCCCUGUUGGCCUCCCCUCUGAGGGCUAUCCAGGGCUGGCUCUGCUUAGCUUCCCAGAUCUUAGCUUCUAAGACCGUCCAUGAAAUUCAUCAGGUGUUUUCAGGCAAGGAAUCCUCAGAGGUGGUUUGGACAGUUCCUUCCUCUGAAAUGGAGCCCAGGGUUCCUUGGUGGUCUCCCCUCCAAGGGCUAACCAGGGCUGGCCCUGCAUAGCUUCCAAGGUCAGGCAGAGAAUCUUGUGCCUGACCCCAAGCAUGACGGACAGGCUAAUGAGCAAAGCGGCCACCAUGGAGAUCCCCAUCCACGGCAAUGGAGACUCCCGGCGCCUGGCUGCCGAGGAUGACGGCCUGGAGCAGGACCUUCAACAAGUGAUGGUGUCCGGUCCCAAUCUGAAUGAGACCAGCAUUGUGUCGGGCGGAUAUGGUGGCACCGCCGAGGGCAUCAUCCCCACCAGCGCCAUCAAAAGCUCUUUCGCUCCAUCUCACCCCCCUCGAGGACCACUCAUCUCCCCCAGUCCAUCAGCUGCUGCCCGAAUGGGGAGUCAGGGUGACCAUGACUCAGGCUCCAGUUUGCACCACCAGCCACAUCCGGGCCCCGCAGGGGACGAGGCGGCCACACGAGGGGUGGCAGUGGAGAAGUUUGACAUCGUCAAGAAAUGGGGCAUUAACACUUACAAGUGCACGAAGCAGCUGAUCUCAGAGCGCUUCGGACGUGGCUCGCGGACGGUGGAUUUGGAACUGGAGACACAGAUUGAGCUGCUGCGUGACACCAAGCGGAAAUACGAAUGCGUGCUGGGCCUGGCACGUGCCCUCACCAGCCACUUCUACAGCCUGGUCCAGACACAACAUGCCCUGGCUGACGCCUUCUCAGACCUUAGCCAGAAGUCCCCCGAACUCCAGGAGGAGUUUGGGUACAACGCAGAGACCCAGAAGCUGCUGUGCAAGAAUGGGGAGACCCUCCUGGGGGCUGUGAACUUCUUUGUCUCCAGUAUCAACACUCUGGUCAACAAGACCAUGGAGGACACCCUCAUGACAGUCAAGCAGUACGAGACAGCCAGGCUGGAGUAUGAUGCCUACCGCACCGACCUGGAGGAGGUCAAUCUGGGGCCCCGGGAUGCAGGGACCCUAUGUCGCCUGGAGGCUGCCCAGGCCAGCUUCCACGCCCACCGCGCCAAGUACGAGAAGCUCCGCGCCGACGUAGCCGUCAAGCUCAAGUUUCUGGAGGAGAACAAGGUGAAGGUGAUGCACAAGCAGCUGUUGCUCUUCCACAAUGCCAUCUCAGCCUACUUUGCUGGCAACCAGACGCAGCUGGAGCAGACACUGAAGCAGUUCAACGUCCGUCUCAAGAGCCCUGGGGCUGACAAGCCCUCCUGGCUGGAGGAGCAGUGAGGCUGUGACCCUUCCCCCUGCUCCUGGGUCAGUCUGUGGGUCUGGCCUUCUUCCUCCCCCCCUCCCCCUUUGUGGACUUGGACUCUAAUUUGGCACCUGGGGAGGCUCAAUGGCUCCUCCUGUUUUUUCCUGCUCCUCCUCCCCCUGCAUGGGGCAGUGUGUGAGUGGAGGGAUGCCAAGGUGAUACCAGCUAUCCCCUCCCCUUCUUACUUCAGCUGGGGGCAGCUGAGCUCUUCCCUUGCUGGUCCCCCAAUGCCAGAAGUGCUCCCACUACCUUCAAACACUCCGAACUCAGGGGCAGGAUGGGAUGGGAUGAUAGAGACAUGUCCCUCCCUGUUCCCCCCCUCCCGCGCCUCUGGCCUGUCUAGGCAGGGGGCAUGCUUGUUGGCCCUUCUGUCAGCCUCAUUCCAGCCUCACAUUCAAGAUUGUCUGCAGGGGUGGCCCCCUUACUUUUGCCCUUUCAUUUUUCUCAUGGGAGUCCUUCCAACUCCUCCUGGGCUCUGCCCCCAAGCGUCUGCAGGAAGGCGGCUGGGGAGGGCAGAGCCUUUGCGUGCUGCUGCAGGGCAGGGAGGGAGUGCAAGCUGGGAUCGUGUACCCCCUACCCCCCCCCAGAGCCAUGGGGGGCCAAGGACCAAACAGAGAGCCUGCCCCAGAUUCCCAGGUGAGGCAGGCAUAGCGAAGGCAUCUGUAAAUAGAUGGAUAGGUUAUAUAUAUAUAUAUAUAGAAAGAGAGAUGUAUAUUAUGGCCAGUCUCCCUGUCUUGGGUCCAGGGGUGAAGGCAGAGUGUGAUGGGGGACUCUAGGCUGCUGCUCCCCCAGCACCCCUCCCAUUGCCAGCUGCGGACCCCCAGGGCCUUCCCCCACCUGUAAAGAUUCCAGAAUAAACGGUACAAGCCAGAGAGGCUCCAUGGUGUCCAGCUACUGAGCUGCCAAAUGGGGGGGGGAUCCUCAGUCCGCCCCCCCCAUCCAUGGACAACAGAGGCACACUCACCUUUGGGUCUUCCUGGGCUUGGUUUCCUCCCCAGUGAACUGCUGGAGGGAGGUUGCAUGCCCAAAGGACAACCCUCUCUGUACCUCUGCCUGCUGGCCUUUUUUAAAGCAAUGCUGGCAUGUGGGGAAUCACUAUUGUCAGUGAAGGGAUGGUGAAGGAAGCAGGUGCUGGGGAGAAACAAGCAGCGUUGGGGUCCUGCUGCCUCUCCUGCUGCCUGAACACCAGCAAGGAGGCAGCCUCACAAAGGUUGGGUCUCUCCCCAUCCCCUCCAAAGGACACAGACUCAUUUCUCUGUCUAAAAUGCCAGGGCCAGGUCCUCUUGGUCCCUUUGGCUGCAUGGAGGUUGGGGGUUGCCUGGCCAGGUGGACCCACUGCUUAGGACCCUGGGCUGCUUAGCAGUUCUUUUUCCCCAAACCUCUCUGUCAGGGGCUCCAUUGAUGUCCCCACCAUCCUGCCUCCAUUUCCCAGAUGCUGGGCCGGAGGGGAGGGCCAUCGCUUGCACUUCUGGACCCUCUGUUCCCUGGCACUCCCAGCUCUGGCCGGCUGCAGUUCUUUGCUCUGCUGGGCCUCCCUUGCCCUCCAAGACCCCUGUAGUCCGUUCUGUUUCAGUAGAAGGAGCAUGACUUUGAAUCGGAAAAAUGAUGGCGUGAUCUGGGAGGCUGAGGAGGCCAUAGUGGUGAUCAUGUUGGAGACAAUCAAAAGGGUUGCAAAGAAAUAAAAUGUGGCAUUCUGAAGGAAA